AUGAGCAUCUCAAGUGUGGUGGACUGGUGGGAAGAGUGGCAGCUGCGCAUCCUUGUCUUGGGCAGCCUCGCCAUUCAGCUGUACCUUGCAGUCGUCGCCCCCUUCCGUAAGCUGACAGGUCUCGGUUACACAAAUAGACUUCUUAUCUGGGUGUCGUACCUGGGUGGGGAUGCUCUUGCGAUAUACGCCCUCGCCACACUCUUCAACCGCCAGAAGAGGCUGCAGCACAAUGCCUCUUCUUCUGUGAUGAAUGGCAGCCACGACCUAGAGGUGCUCUGGGCACCUAUCUUGCUGAUGCACCUGGGUGGGCGAAUGACCAUAUCCGCUUACAACAUGGAGGACAACGAGUUGUGGCUACGGCAUGUUGGCGUCGCAAUAUCUCAGGUCACGGUAACCGUCUACGUGUUUUGGACAACGUGGUCGCCGUUGGCUGACAAGAGGUUAUUGGCUGCAGCAAUUGUGCUGUUCAUCCUUGGGAUUGUCAGAUGCUUUGAGAAGCCCCUUGCUCUCAAGAGAGCUAGCUUUAAUAACCUAAUCACCUAUUUCGUUCCAGCAUCAAUGACAGAGAUUACUACCAACAGAGAAGUAGAGCUUGAAAAGUACAUACAAGAUGCAAGAUUUUGUUAUAUGCAAAGCAACAACAUCCAGCAGCAAGAUCCUGCACUAACAACAUUGAAGGAGGCUGAACAACAGUUUCACAUGGAGUUGAUCUCUGCACCUAACAAGCUGUUCGUAGACUAUGCAUAUGCCUACAGUGUCCGCCUUGAGAAGCUGAAAUCCUUGAGGGUGCUGGGUCCAGAAUCGGCUUUUAAAGCGCUACGUGAAGGGCUUUCCAAGACUUUCGAUCUUGUUUACACCAAGAUCUGGCGACAUGGUGAUGAUGAAAACUGGGAUAAACCACUUAGUACAAUUGUUGAUUACUUAUCGGUGAUUUUAAUGGGCAUUACCAUGACAUUCCCGGUCGCUUCCAUCGUCCUCUUCCACAUCAGCCAUAAAGAAGCGUACAGGGGAAGUGACAUCAAGGUUACAUAUAUAUUAUUGUACAUCACAUAUUUUUCGGAGCUUAUUUCAGUGCCUGCAAGAUUGAACAUUUCUACCUUUAGCUUCCGAUGGUGGAAGGUGUCUACAAUAGUGUUGCGUCUUGUGGGUCUUCCCCCAUUCCCUUUCGUCAAGGUUCAACAGCAUAGCCUUAUAGGAAUCUUGGAUGCUAAGGAGAAGAAGAACAGUUUUUUAGCCUCCAUCGCUGGAGGUGGGCCCGAGUGCUGCGGCUGCCAGGACUUGCUUCAGCAGCGCUGGUUCGGGCGCGGAAAGUUGUUUCGCAGGGGCAAGGACAUUACAAGCUUGGUCAUCGCUUACGCUGAAGAUGCAUGGAUGAAUGGCAUAAAGGAUGUUGAGAGCUAUUGGAAGUUGAGUGAUAGUAGGGGCCACUGGACACUUGAGCGCAAUGGAUGCCAAGAAAUGGUGAUCCUCUGGGACAGCCUGGAGAAGCCCUUCGACCAGAGCGUAGUCCUCUGGCAUAUGGCCACAGAUCUUUGCUUCAAUUGCAAGGGGGCAUCUGUUGAUCCUGAACCUGCCAACUUGUGCAGAAUUAUUUCCAACUACAUGAUGUAUCUGCUGUGUGCUAACACUGAGAUGUUGUUGCCUGGGAGUAGAGUAUCUCUGUUCAAAGAUGCCUGCAGCAAACUUGAUGAUGCUAUCCUCCAGGCCCAGGGUGAAGAUGAUAAGCACCUGACACUGACAGAAAAGGUAAUCAGUAAGGCCGCCAAGUCCGAAGAGCGUUUUCUUCAUGGUGCUUGGUUGCUUGCUCAAGGGCUGAUGCAGUUGCCAGGUUGUGGUGAUGGUGAUGAUGAUGGGAAGAAGAUGUGGAAAGUAAUCAAGGGUGUAUGGGUCGAGAUGCUCUGCUUCUCUGCAGGUAGAUGCAAGGGUUACAUGCAUGCCAAGAACCUUGCCUACGGCGGGGAGUUCCUCACCUACGUGGCGCUCCUCAUGUCGAACGCAGGAUUGGAGACGUUCGCCGACAAGCAGCAGAGGAUGCAGCUCCGCCUUUCCAAAGAGGAGAGGCUGGAACGAGCAAAGAGGACGACUGAACAAGAUACAGGUAACCAAGCCGCAGGCGCGGUUGUUGUGAUCCAAGAAGAAAACGCUGCCACUCCAUCGACCGCUUCGGCUUCGGGCCAAGGUGAAUGCACUACUGCCCCGGCUUUGGAGGUGGUUGUUGUUGAAGCAGUAUAA